AUGAUGGCACAACUGCAUGCUUUAGGUAUACCAGGAUCAAAUAUCUCACAAUUAAUAAUUGGCUAUGGUUCUUCGAGUGAAUCUUCGUCGAAAUCUAUGGAUGGAAAUAUACCAGGUUUAAGACAUAGUCUUUCCGGUCAAUUUGUUCUGGAUUUAUCUAAUUCACCAAUUUCGUAUAUUAAUAAUUUAGAAUCUGAUUCAGCUUAUGCCCAUUGGUCGGCAUCCCUUCAUACAUUAUUCACGCUUGAUUUUUCUGGUGGUAUACGACGGAUACGUAAAAAUUUAUACAAUGUCAUUUUAGUCAUUGAUCCUGCUUCAUCUGAAAGUCGUGAAAUGUUAAGACUGACAGAAUCAUUUCUUUUGCAUAUGACUGCAAUACGUUUUGGUAUCCUUUGGUCUGUAAAUCCUAAAGUCAACUCUACUAGUCUAUUACUGGCACGUAUUUCUGCCUAUAUAUCAUCCAGCAUAACCAGUUCACGUGAAUCUCCAUUUCCUGUCAGUAUAGACGGUUUAGGCUCACCUGGUUCAAUGGCAGCUUUAUCCUUUUUAACAGAAAUCUAUGCUAAUGCUGAAAAGUUGAACACUGAUUUAACUGUUGAUUUAAUUAAGAAAAAAUUUGAAAAACUAUUUCCAUCUGCUGAUUCUGAAGAUAUUUUUUCACUACCGCCUGGUACUAGUGAUUAUGAUGGUGAAGUUAAUGCACAUCAUGCAUUUCUAGUUCGUUCUGGAUUGAAUUCAAUUCACAAAAUUCCAUUACUUCUAUUCAAUGGAAUCAUAUUGGAUAGUGAGGGGAUUAGAAAACUUGGCGGUUUUGAAGAUGCUGUCGUCACUUUAUGCAUGGAAGAGCUUAUACGUGUCCAAUCAGCUGUAUAUCAAGGCAGUAUGACAAAUUCACAUUCAAUAUUUGAUUUAUACCAGAAAACAGCUACUGUUGUCCCACGAUUCAAUUCACGUAUCUUGCUAAAGAAGAGUGAUAAUUCAAAUCAACGAUCUCUUGCUACUGCACCAAAAUAUAUCAAUUUUGAAGGUUAUUCUGUAGAACAUAAAUCUUCUGCUAAUGAAAAAUUGUCUACUUCGGAAUUAUUAAAAUCAUUUCUUGAUCAAAUGCGUUAUUUUCAGAAAGGAGAUGUGGAAGCAUCAAUUCGACCAGUUACUAUGUGGGUUGUUAUUGGAGAUUUAGAUAUCCAUGUGGAUCCAACACUGUCUGAAGAAGAUCGUUUAUCCCUUGAAAUGGAUUUAAAUUUAGCCUUGAAUGCAUUAACUUACCUACGUAGUAGUCAUUCUACUAAAGGAUUACGUAUUGGUUUUGUAUUCAAUCCAUCGAAAUCAAUUGAGACAGUGAAAAAUUUGAACAGUUGGUUAACACGUGUUCUAUAUCUAGUCGGAUAUCCUACUAAUAUAUCAAGUAAAUUUAACACUCAUAGUAAUAAUAAAAUGAUAAAAAUAAAAUAUGCUGAACAAAUGGCAGGACGUAAUUUUGGUAUACGUGUUAUUAAAGAGACAUUAGAAUCGAUUAAAGCAUCAAAACCGCUUAAAUCACUUGAUGAACUUGCAGUUUCGAAUGUGGAUACCAAAAAGAUACAAGAUGCUCUUCAAUUAUUGGAUAGAAAUAAUUUUAUGCAAAUGCAUUCAUCUAUUGCUCGUCAGAUUAUUGGUCUUAAACCUGGUGAACGAGCUGUUGUGGUGAAUGGUAGAAUAUUAGGUCCAUUAGAACCACUUGAAGAAUUCUCAAAUGAUGAUUAUCGUUUAGCAGAAAGACUAGCUCUGGAUAAUGGAGCUAAACAGCUUGGUGAUACAAUAGAAGAAAUUAUUGGUGGAAAAUUCGAUGGACCUGAGACUAUUUCUGAACUCACUUGGCAAAUGUCAUCAGUUCUUCAAUCAGGUAUUGAAGCUACUAGUUCAGUGAUAUCAGAAACGUCUUCAGUAGAUGGAAUCUCUGAUAAAGCUCAUAAUGGACACAGAAUACGCCUUCAGGAUGUAACCUACAAACACUCAGGCUUUAUUAUUUAUGGUAAUGAAAAGGAACCGAAUUUUGAAGUAAUCGCUAUUAUUGAUCCAGCGUCUCGUGAUGCUCAACGUCUUUCACACAUACUUCUUGUAUUGCAGCAGUCUUUACCGUGUACUGUAAAAGUUCUCCUGAAUCCAACUCCUUCAUUGUCAGAAUUACCAGUGAAGAGUUUUUACCGUUUUGUAUGGGAACCAUCCCUUUUUCCAACAAAUGAAUCUUCCCCUGUUGAUUCUGCUAUUUCUCCUCGUGCUUACUUCACCAAUUUACCUGGCCAAUCAUUGCUCACUUUAGGAAUGGAUGAACCGCAUGGUUGGAUGGUUGCUGCUAUCGAGGCUGAACAAGAUUUAGACAAUUUACGUCUUUCCGAUUAUCAAUCUAGUAAACAUUUAGUCGAGGCUGUCUUUGAACUAGAACAUCUUUUACUUGAAGGUCAUUGUAUUGAAGAAGCGAAUAUGAAACCACCACGUGGACUUCAAUUUACUCUGGGUCCUACACCAACUACUGAAAUGUAUGAUACAAUCGUUAUGGCUAAUUUGGGUUACUUCCAACUAAAAGCCAACCCAGGUGCAUGGUAUUUAAAUAUUCGAGCAGGAAAAUCACAAAAACUUUAUGAAGUAUCUGGUCAAGAGCAUACUGAUACGCCUUUAAAUUCAAGUGAAAUUAUUACACUGAUUAGUAAUUUCCGUUCAAAAAUCAUCGGAGUUUAUGUAUCUAAACGAUCAGAAUAUGCUGGUGAUAAUAUCCUGGAUGAUGAUACUGGCACAGAAGAAUCAACAUCUACUGCUACGAAUUGGUUAAAUAAACACACUGAAGUAUGGUCUACAUUGACAAAUUAUGCAGAAGAAUAUUGUCCAUCUUGGUUAACUAGUUUAAAACUAUCCCUUCAGUCACAUUUACCAUGGCGUAAAUGUACAUCAAAUCAGGAAACAAUCAAUAUUUUCUCUGUUGCCUCUGGUCAUUUAUAUGAAAGACUGUUAAGAAUUAUGAUGUUAACUGUUAUCCGGCAUACAAAUUCACCGGUGAAAUUUUGGUUUUUAAAAAAUUAUCUUUCACCAACAUUUAAAGAUUUUAUACCAUAUAUGGCAGCGGAAUAUGGUUUUGAAUAUGAAUUUGUUCAGUACAAGUGGCCACGUUGGUUACACGCCCAGACAGAGAAACAACGUAUUAUAUGGGGUUAUAAAAUAUUAUUCUUAGAUGUUUUAUUCCCCUUGAAUGUAACGAAAAUUAUAUUUGUAGACGCUGAUCAAAUCGUUCGAGCAGAUUUAAAAGAAUUAGCUGAUUUUGAUUUAGGCGGUGCACCAUACGGUUAUACACCAUUUUGUGAUUCACGUAAAGAAAUGGAUGGUUUUCGAUUUUGGAAACAAGGUUAUUGGGCUAAUCAUUUAGCUGGUCGACCAUAUCAUAUUUCAGCGUUGUAUGUUGUCGAUUUAACACGUUUUCGUCGAUUAGCUGCAGGGGAUCGACUUCGUGGUCAAUAUCAUGGUUUAAGUCAAGAUCCGAAUAGUUUAUCGAAUUUAGAUCAAGAUUUACCCAAUAAUAUGAUUCAUCAGGUACCAAUCAAAUCUCUGCCUCAAGAAUGGCUAUGGUGUGAAACUUGGUGUUCUGAUGAAAGUUUAGCAAAGGCUAAAACAAUAGAUUUAUGCAAUAAUCCACGGACAAAAGAACCUAAACUGACAGCAGCAAUGCGUAUUGCACCAGAAUGGGUAGAUUAUGAUCGUGAAAUUAAAAAAUUAUGGAAACGUGUUUAUCAAUCUUCACCACAGACGCCUACAGAACAUACAAUCCAAGAGACUAAGUCUACAGAUACUCCAUCGACUUCUACGCCUCGUACUGCAUCAGAGGAUACUACUUUGAAAGUUGAUGAUCACUCCACAAAGACUGAAUUGUAA